CGCGGCCGUCACCACCGCCCAUUGUAACGCCCGAGUGCGGCGCCGCUUUGGGGUCUGCAAGCUGGCCUUGGAGAUCGGGGGGCCUGUGCGUUAUGCGGGUGCCGUCUCUUGCUGACGAGGUGUUGCACUCUCAGUCUCGUCAUGUUGAAGUUAGAAUGGCCUGUAUUCACUAUCUUCGAGAAAACAGAGAGAAAUUUGAAGCGUUCAUAGAAGGAUCAUUUGAAGAGUAUUUAAAGCGUUUGGAAAAUCCACAGGAGUGGGUAGGACAAGUGGAAAUAAGUGCCCUUUCUCUUAUGUACAGGAAAGAUUUUAUAAUUUAUCGGGAACCAAAUGUUUCUCCGGCACAAGUAACUGAAAAUAAUUUUCCUGAAAAGGUAUUACUAUGUUUUUCAAAUGGAAAUCACUAUGAUAUUGUUUACCCCAUAAAGUAUAAAGAUACUUCUGCUAUGUGUCAGUCUCUUCUUUAUGAAUUGCUAUAUGAGAAGGUAUUUAAAGCUGAUGUCAGUAAAAUCGUGAUGGGACUAGACACUUCUGAAGUAGCUGAUGGAAACAACAGUGAAAUAUCAGAUUCAGAGGAUGAUAGUUGCAAGAGGAAAACUGCUAAUGAUGUGAAUGGAUUUAAACCUUUGUCAGGCGAUGAGCACUUGAAGAACAAUGGGAAUUCUACUAGCCUUCCCUUAUCUAGAAAGGUUCUUAAGUCACUCAAUCCAGCAGUCUACAGAAAUGUGGAAUAUGAAAUUUGGCUGAAGUCUAAACAAGCUCAACAAAAGCGUGAUUAUUCCAUUGCUGCUGGUUUACAAUAUGAAGUUGGAGAGAAAUGCCAAGUUAGGUUGGAUCACAAUGGAAAAUUUCCUAAUGCAGAUAUUCAAGGAGUUCACUCUGAGAAUGGACCAGUUUUGGUUGAAGAAUUGGGAAAAAAACAUGCUGUGAAGACCCUCAAACCACCUCCCCCAGAAAGCUGGAGCACAGUGUCAGGAAAGAAGAUGAAAAAACCUUCUACUUCGGGACAAAAUUUUCAUUCUGAAAUGGAUUACAGAGGGCCAAAGAAUCCAAGCAAGCCAAUAAAAGCCCCAUCAGUACUACCUCCUCGGCUCCAGCAUCCUUUGGGAAUAAGACAACAUGCAUUCUCUUCAGGGGCACAGUCUCAGAAAUCCUCCAGUGAACACAAAAAUCUUGCCAGGACACCUUCACAGAUCAUGAGAAAACCUGAUCGUGAGAGAGCUGAGGAUUUUGAUCACACGAAUAGAGAAUCUCACUAUUUUGGCCUCUCCCCUGAAGAACGCAGAGAGAAGCAAGCCAUAGAAGAAUCUCGUUUACUUUAUGAGAUUCAGAACAGAGAUGAACAGGCUUUCCCAGCCCUUUCCAUGUCAUCAGUCAGUACAUCAGCUUCUCAAAGUAGCAACCCAUGUGUCCAGAGAAAAUCAUCCCACGGAAGUGAUAGAAAAGGAAACAGACGGAGAAUGGACACAGAAGAACGGAAGGACAAAGACUCUGUCCAUGGAUCUACUCACUUGGAUAAAAAACCUGAACCAAGUACAUUAGAGAAUAUUAGUGAUGAUAGAUGUGCAAGAGUUUCAUCACCAUUGAAGUCAAAGAAAUUAGAGUGCCCAUCUCCUGCAGAACAAAAGCCAGCAGAACAUGUGUCUCUGUCAAAUCCAGCUCCCCUUCUAGUGUCUCCAGAGGUCCAUCUAACUCCUGCGGUGCCUUCUUUACCAGCCACUGUGCCAGCCUGGCCAAGUGAACCUACAACUUUUGGACCAACAGGUGUCCCUGCUCCAAUUCCUGUUUUAUCGGUGACACAGACUCUGACCACUGGACCUGAUUCUGCUGUAUCCCAAGCUCAUUUAACACCUUCUCCAGUUCCUGUGUCAAUACAGGCAGUUAACCAGCCCUUGAUGCCUUUGCCUCAGACAUUGAGCCUUUACCAGGACCCACUGUAUCCUGGGUUUCCUUACAAUGAAAAGGGAGAUCGAGCCAUUGCACCACCUUAUUCACUGUGUCACACUGGAGAGGACUUGCCUAAAGAUAAGAAUAUUCUUCGUUUCUUCUUCAAUCUUGGAGUGAAGGCAUAUAGUUGUCCGAUGUGGGCCCCACAUUCUUACCUGUACCCUCUGCACCAGGCCUACCUGGCAGCCUGCAGGAUGUACCCAAAGGUCCCUGUCCCUGUCUAUCCUCAUAAUCCUUGGUUCCAAGAAGCCCCUUCUGCUCAGAAUGAAAGUGAUUGUACCUGCACCGACACACACUUUCCUAUGCAGACUGAGGCCAGUGUUAAUGGCCAAAUACCACAGGCAGAGAUUGGACCGCCAACGUUUUCUUCACCUCUGGUUAUCCCUCCAUCUCAGGUGUCUGAAAGUCAUGGACAGUUGUCUUACCAAGCUGAUCUUGAAUCUGAGAACCCUGGGCAGCUUCUUCAUGCUGAAUAUGACGAAUCACUAAGUGGCAAGAAUAUGUUCCCACAACCGUCCUUUGGACCUAAUCCAUUCUUGGGCCCAGUUCCCAUUGCACCUCCUUUCUUCCCUCAUGUUUGGUAUGGGUACCCUUUUCAGGGAUUCAUAGAAAACCCAGUAAUGAGGCAGAAUAUUGUGCUGCCCUCUGACGAGAAAGGAGAAUUGGAUCUACCGCUGGAAAAUCUGGAUCUGUCUAAAGAAUGUGCUUCCGUUUCAGCUGUAGAGGAGUUUCCCAAAGCCAGGGGUGAAGGUGCACAUUCUCUCCCUGAAGCAAGUGUGAGCAGUAAGCAUGAAGGCCGGGCAGAGCAGUCAUCCCAGACACGGAAAGCAGAUCUGGCACUGGCCUCCGUCCCUCCCGGAGGAGAGGGAAAGGCUCAUCUUCCCACUCAGAUUCUAAACAGAGAGAGGGAAACUGUGCCAGUUGAACCUGAGCCUAAAAGGACCAUUCAGAGUCUGAAAGAAAAACCAGAAAAAGUAAAAGAUCCUAAGACUGCUGCUGAUGUGGUCAGCCCUGGGGCCAACUCUGUGGAUAGCAGAGUGCAAAGACCAAAAGAAGAGAGUUCAGAAGAUGAAAAUGAAGUAUCUAAUAUUUUGAGAAGUGGUAGAUCCAAGCAGUUCUAUAAUCAAACUUAUGGAGGCAGGAAAUACAAAAGUGAUUGGGGCUAUUCUGGUAGGGGUGGCUAUCAACACCUGAGAGCUGAGGAGCCCUGGAAGGGGCAGCCAAGCAGAGGCCGGGAUGAAGGUUAUCAGUACCAUCGCAAUGUCAGAGGACGGCCCUAUAGGGGCGACAGGAGGAGAUCAGGGAUGGGAGAUGGCCACAGGGGACAACACACUUGAUGGUUGUUGCUGGAGUCUUUUAGAGCAGAAACCCUUUCGUAGGUGGAAUGUUUCUGAAGGCUUUAAAAAAUACAUUAAAAUAAAAACCCAAAUUGGAACUGUCUCCUCCCCUCCACAUUUAGCCUCGCUCCCACUCUGGACGAGAGAAUCUGGACAGGACUUCAAGGGGGCAGGUGGAUUUCUGGCAUUGCCACUUCACUCACAGUUUGAUUUAUCAGGUGACUUCUCCCCUAACAAUUAGGAAAUAAGUUUGUUAAAGUAUUUUUUAUAAACAACUUAAUAUAAAACAUUAUAGAUUUAGUGUUUGUUUUAUUUUCCUUGUAUAAGUUUGAUUUUAAAUGUUGGAAAUGUGUGCUUUAUAGUGUUUACUAAAGUGACAAGAAAAUAUACCAUUUGACACACUAUAGAUUCCAAAAUAUAACAUUGCACCAAAUAGAAAUGUUUAUUUUAUUAUGCAAUGCCUUAGUCGUAAACUGGGCUCAAACAGUUCUCAGCCUAAAACACUGUUGUCUUUUAAAAUGCUUCCAACCCAAAGGCCUUUCAUCUCAAUAUCUGUCAAACUUGAAUAAUGUCUUCUCUUUAAUAUUUCACAUAAGGCAGCCUAUUACCUGUGUCUUAGAAAUGUUGUAUAUAGUUCUUUUAAUAUUCAUAGGGUAUAUUUUUGAAUUUUGGUGAGUAUUUGUUGAAUUUGAGAGUGCAUACAAGAAUAGAUGUUUAGGAAAUAGUAGGAAAUCCACUGAAAUGGCUGUUUCCACCAAGAAUUCUUAGCACUGGUGUAAAUAUCAUGGUGCCUACUCGAAAGAUACGUAGAUGCUAUGCAUUCUGAAAAUAAUCUGCAUCUGUUAAAACUGCAGAAGUUUUUUAAUGCCACUUUAACACUAAUGCACUGACAGAUUCUAAAUAUUUUGUGAGAAGAAAUGUUAAAAAUUUUUAGCUUGACAGGUUUCUAUAGAGUUCCUGUGUUUUGUUUUCUCCUUGCACCAUUUGUUGGUUAUGUGUCUCACCUUACAUUUGCAUGUUCAGCUUGUCAUGGCUGGAAUCAUUGUACAAAAUGAGAUGAUUGUGACUUCCAGGUCGUUUCUAGAGGACGCUGCUAGAAAGUGGUUUUGCUUUGCAUUGGAUAGUUUGUUACCCUGAGGUUGCAAGUCUUGGAUCUUGUUCCUUCCAGUCCUUGCAGUAUUCACUAGAGGUUUCCUUGGCAUGUUGCACUCUCUUCUCCUUUGGACAUUGGACUGUCUGCACAGUAUUCAUUCAUCUGUGUUACUUUGUAAAAUAACUAGCUUAUAUUUCUUUUUGUACAUACCAAUGUGAAAAUCUACCUGCUUUUUUAUGUUGAUUACCUUUUUAUCAGGAAGUUUGAGUGCUAUGCAAAUAAUAUAGUAGUAAUUUCUCCUUGCAUGCCAUGUGUAAUUAUACCUAGCCAAAACUAGAUGUCGUGGCUUUCUUGUUUUUUUUUGAAGCAUAUUACUUUAAAAGCAAAUACAAUUCACUUGAAUUUGACAAACUGAAACAGACGAGUUUUCUGGGUUCUCUGUUAACCUAUAGGAAUGUUUGGAUGCCAGCUUGGCUCAGUGAAUCUCCACUGUACUGUAAUAAUGGUUAUUUACCUCUGUGCUGUUUUAAUUACCUAAUGUCUGUGUAACUGCUGAUUUGAGUAGUGAUUAGCAUUUAGAUAUUUUGUAACAUAGGAUUUUAGAGAGCACUUUGAAAGAUAACAUUUUAUUAUGAUGGUGCUAGGUAAAAUUUUGUAGACUGAAAUGGUUGUGUGGCAAAGAAAAAAAUUCUUGGGAGAAUCUGUUGAAAGGAAUUUUUAUCAUCACCUUCUAAGCUAGAACCAUUUGUGAAGGUACUGCUUAAGCCAGUGGCUAAAUUAUGCAAUGAGAAGGUUAGAGGGUCCUCCGCUUUCAGCUCAUGCUUUUUUUUAGUGUAGUAGUGUUUAUCUGAUCAUUUUUGUGAAAAUCACAUUUUGAUAUGAAUACCAAUUUAAAAGUUGAAUGGUUGAUCUCAGGAGUCCAAAAGAAGUGGCUGUUUCCAGUGUGCUUCAUUUUAUUGACUGGGGUUUGAGCUCAGUUUCUGGAAAUGUUAAAACAUUGGAUAGGAAAGAAUGCUUAGUUGAUUUCUUCACGGCCGUGCUGUCUUACCUCAAUCGAGUAACAGUACUCUAUAGCUCCUGAAGGAAACACUGAUUUGCUUCCUGUUUCCUGUAUCUCACCUCUAGGACAUGAUGGAAACAGUGCUGAAAGAAUUUGAGCAGAUGGUACUUUCCUCAGUGACCUCUGGAAUAACAGAAUUCUGACUUUUGAUAGUUUUUUAAAUAUUAAUUCUUGCAUGAACGUCAGUUUUGUUUUCUUCUUUUAGGUUUGUUUUUAAAUGUACUAGUCCAGGGGAUUUUGCCUUAUGCUGAGGUCAAAUUGGGCCAAGCAAGCUUUUGUCCUCCUUAAUUUUAACUAUGUCAUAUUGUCUAUUGACAUGAGAUAAAAUACUCUGUGUAAGAGAAAAGCUGCAAAAGUAUAGAACUGAGAAUCAUUUGUAUUGAUUUGGAAACCAAAACUUUAUUGUAUUAUGAUCAUACAUACACAUUUUUGAAGAACAAGUAUUUAAACUGACCAAAGCUCACCUGUUCGUUUUUAGUUAGGUGCUUUUGCUGAACUUGAUUCUAGCCCCCUUUUUUAGUACUGUGUGUCUUUUCAAGUUCAUUUCCCUUCAGACAUACCUUUAACUCUUGCCCCAGGUGUUUAUUGGCAGCAAGAUGCUGGUAUCUGUGCAUUCCCCAUGCUGUUCCUGGUAACCCACGAGUUUAUUUUCAUGCAGACCGAAGCUCAGACCCUGCCUUGAACUGGCAAUGAGUAGGUUUUCCCAAACUGCAGUGCUGAUGCAGCUUAUUUGAUGCAGACCCUAUGUUCUUGCAGUGUGGUGUUUCCUUUUUGACUCAAGGGUAGAUUAAAUGCCUGUGAACUGCAAACUUGCUUAUGAUUGACUUGGUGCAAUAAAAUUCCUUUCUAACCAUUUGUGGUUUAGGAAAUGUUCAGCCAUCUUAGAAAUUAGCAAUAUUUAUUUUUGCCUCACUUGUUUUACUUUGUUUUAGAUGAGAUAAACUGUCUUUUCACUUAUGGGUACUUCAGCAAGGUCCAUUCUAGUGUAGCCGAAGAGAAUGUGUAUUUGGCUACACUGGUUCUGUUUACUAUAGUUUGCUCCCUAUUUUAUGUCUAAAUGCUAUUAUUUUCGUUCAGAAUCUCAGUGGCUCACUUCCAGUAUGUCAGUUUCAAAGAUCUGAGGUUUUGCUACUAGUGUCAGCUAUUUACUCUCCCACUAAUUUUUUUUAAGAAAAAAUUUCCCCCCUGAAAUACAAGUUUUAGAAAAUCAUAAGGGGUGGGUGCAUGUCUUAAUGCUGAGCAGCAGCAACUUUGGGGUUGAAUUUACUUGAAUGGAUUAAAAAUUGCAUUUGUUACAGAGCUAGAAAAAAAUUUAUGUAUGGAAAAUGAUAAUAGCCUUACACUGAGUAAAAAUAAUACUUAAAAGCAUGUGAAGAUGUGAUCACUUGUGAUGUUACUUGUAAAAAAAAGUAUAUAUAUACAUAUCUUUUGAAGUGUUGAAAGGAACAUAGUACUUUAUAUUCUUUAUCAUAUCACUUUUUGUAAGUGUUGAAUAUAUUCCUGUUUAUUUUUCUAUGUUCUGUUUUGUAGCCUUAAGAAGUGUUUCAAACAUAUCUGAAUGUAUAAAAUAAGAUAAAUGCCCUACAUGGUGUGAUGCUGCAUUAUAUAUAAAAACUGUGUGCAUAUAUUAAAUUUUGUCUCUUGAA